AUGAUGAAAACAGAGUCUUCAGGAGAAAGAUCAACCCUCCGAAGUGCCUCUCCUCACAGGAAUGCUUACAGAACUGAGUUCCAGGCGCUGAAAAGCACCUUUGACAAACCGAAAUCAGAUGGAGACCAAAAAACGAAAGAGGAAGGAGAGGCCUUGCAGAGCAGGGGAAGGAAAUAUGGCUCAAAUGUCAAUAGGAUUAAGAACUUAUUCAUGCAGAUGGGCAUGGAGCCCAGUGAAAGUGCUGGAGUUACCCCCAAAACCAGGGGGAAGGGUGGCCCUCCAUCGCCGCAAAGACGAAUUAGGCCCAAAGAAUUUGUAGAAAAAGCGGAUGGCUCAAUCGUAAAACUGGAAUCAUCUGUCUCGGAAAGGAUUAGUAGAUUUGAUACUAUCCAUGAUGGUCCUUCCUAUUCCAAGUUUACUGAAACUCGGAAGAUGUUUGAGCGAAACGCUCACGAAAUGGGACAUUCCAAUCGCUAUUCCCCAAAGAAAGAGAAAGUCGUUUCCAGUGAGCUUCCAGACGAAUGGUGCAGCUCUAAGUCUUACAGAGGCAGCAUGGAUUCACUGGACAGUCUUAGCCCAAGGACAGAGACUGUCUCUCCAACUGUGAGUCAGCUCAGCGCAGUUUUUGAAAACACUGACUCACACAACGUAAUCGUAGAAAAGUCGGAGAACAGUGAAGAGUACUCUGUAACUGGUCACUAUCCGCUAAACCUCUCAUCUACUGUCGCGAAUAUCUCCUCCCCAGUUGCAAACCUUGAGGGUUUCAGUCCUCUGAAAGAUAGCGGCACGUGGUCUCCACCAGCCAAACAGAAUACAGGCUUGAUGUCUGCUGAGAACUCUCAGCAGAACAGCACGCCUUCAGCACUGAGACAGAAGACAUCCACGGGCACUUCAGCAGGUUCAAAAACAACUGAAGAAAUAAAGAAGAGUACAGAGGCAAGUGCUGAUUCUGUUGAGAGCACUGCAUCGAGUCAACAGGAUUUGGUCAAUGUGCUUGACAGCGAAAGAUCUGUGGACAGCUGUGCUAGGAGUAAGUCAAAAACAGAGGCAGAAGUUUUGUUGCAACAAAAGGAACGGUCAGAGCAUGCAGAGGGUAUCUUUGAUAGACCCGAAGCUGCAGAAGCACCAAGAAAUGUAGCUUCAGGUGGUGAUUUUGCCACAGAUGCUGUUUCAGACACUACCGAGUCCCAUUAUGAUGAGGCAAGUGAAAAAGAAGUGCAUGAAGAUGUGAAUAAUUUUCAGAGUUCCCACGUGUACAUGCACUCUGACUACAAUGUGUAUCGGGUACGAUCGAGAUAUAAUUCUGACUGGGGAGAGACAGGUACAGAGCAGGAUGAUCAGGAUGACAGUGAUGAAAAUAACUGUUAUGAACCUGAUAUGGAAUAUUCUGAAAUUAGUGGAUUGCCAGAUGAAGAUGAAAUCCCAGCCAACAGAAAAAUACAGUUUAGCCGUGCUCCAAUUAAGGUUUUCAAUACCUAUUCCAAUGAAGACUAUGACAGGAGAAAUGAUGAAGUUGACCCAGUGGCUGCAUCAGCUGAAUAUGAACUCGAGAAGCGUGUGGAAAAGCUGGAACUCUUCCCAGUUGAACUAGAAAAAGACGAAGAUGGACUUGGCAUAAGCAUUAUUGGAAUGGGAGUUGGAGCAGAUGCAGGCCUUGAAAAACUGGGAAUAUUUGUCAAAACAGUAACAGAAGGUGGGGCAGCAGAAAGAGAUGGCAGGAUCCAAGUGAAUGACCAAAUUGUGGAAGUUGAUGGCCUCAGUCUGGUUGGUGUUACACAAAAUUUUGCUGCAACUGUUCUUAGAAACACCAAAGGGAAAGUCAGGUUUGUAAUUGGACGAGAAAAACCGGGACAAGUGAGUGAGGUUGCGCAGCUGAUUAGCCAGACUCUAGAACAAGAACGCCGCCAAAGAGAGCUGCUGGAGCAGCAUUAUGCACAGUACGAUGCAGACGAUGAUGAGACAGGGGAAUAUGCUACAGAUGAAGAAGAUGAAGACAUGGGACCUGUCCUUCCAGGAGGUGACAUGGCAAUUGAAGUGUUCGAUCUCCCUGAAAACGAUGACAUGUUCUCCCCCAGUGAUGUGGACACCAGCAAGCUUGCUCACAAAUUCAAAGAGUUGCAAAUCAAACAUGCAGUUACAGAAGCUGAAAUUCAGAAGCUGAAGACGAAGCUGCAGGCUGCUGAGAAUGAGAAGGUGAGGUGGGAAUUGGAGAAGACUCAACUCCAGCAGAACAUUGAGGAGAAUAAGGAAAGGAUGAUGAAAUUAGAGAGUUAUUGGAUUGAGGCACAAACCCUCUGUCACACGGUGAAUGAGCACCUCAAGGAGACGCAAAGCCAGUAUCAGGCUCUGGAGAAGAAAUAUAACAAGGCAAAGAAAUUAAUCAAGGAUUUUCAGCAAAAAGAAAUUGACUUCAUCAAACGCCAGGAAGCUGAACGAAAGAAAAUAGAAGAUUUGGAGAAAGCACACCUUGCAGACGUUCAAGGCUUACAAGCUCGUAUACGAGACUUGGAAGCAGAAGUUUUCAGGCUAAUGAAGCAAAAUGGGAGCCAGGUUAACAAUAACAACAACAUUUUUGAAAGGCAGACAUCUUUUGGAGAAGUUUCUAGAGGAGAUCCAGUGGAAACCCUAGAUACUAAGCAAGUGUCCUGCCUGGAUGGCUUAAGUCAAGAUUUCAAUGAAGCAGUGCCAGAAACAGAGAGGCUGGACUCCAAAGCUCUGAAGACUCGAGCUCAGCUUUCAGUGAAGAACAAGCGGCAGAGGCCUUCUAGAACAAGGCUGUAUGAUAGCAUCAGUUCAACUGAUGGAGAGGACAGCCUUGAACGAAAGCCGUCAAACAGUUACAGUAGUCCCAUGCACAUUUCAAAAUCACCACUGCCCUUAUGCAUGAGAGCAUCCUCACCAGCAUCAGAUUCUGGUGCUUCCUCCCUCUCCCCCGUGGCUAGCAGUGCAGCAAUCUCACUUGACAACCUAACUGAAAACCAAGAAGAAGGACAGCACCACAAAGGAGGUGUUCUUGCCCCGCACACUCGGGGAGACACUCCACUUUCCUCUCCUUCAAAAUCUGGGCACAGCUCUGAAGCAUCUCCUUUGCAUCACCCAGCUGGCAGGAAUAUUUUACAGGAUAAAGAUGGUGCCACAUGCGCUCAGGCAGCAAGAACAACUAGCUCCACUAUAGGGCAUACAGAAAAACUAAAGCGAAAACUUGCAGAUCUUGGGGCUCCCUUGAGAAGGAGUUCAAACAAGGGCAAGAAGCGGAAAGAGAAAGAAGCUAUUAGGGUGACCUAUGGCAGUAGGACCGCCAGAGAGAUGCUGCAGAGAUCAGCAAACACUAAAUCUUUAGCAGAGCGAUCCUCCUCUCUCCCACACUGUGUACCAUUCACAUGGUAUGGAGAGAGUGGCAAGGGAUCCAAUUCUUCCAGCAACCUGCCAUCGCCUACCAGCUCAACUGAACCUUCCUCUGAAAAUAUAAGUCCAGCUAAAAAAGGGUCAAAGAAUUUCACCUUCAACGAUGAUUUCAGUCCCAGCAGCACAAGUUCAGCUGAUUUGAGUGGCUUAGGAGCAGAACCUAAAACCCCAGGUUUCUCGCACUCCUUAGCGCUGUCGUCAGAUGAGAGCCUGGAUAUGAUUGAUGAUGAGAUCCUUGAUGACGGACAGUCUCCUAAGCACAGUCAGUGUCAGAGCCGUGCUGUUCCGGAGUGGAGCGUGCAGCAGGUUUCCCACUGGUUAAUGAGCCUGAACCUUGAACAGUAUGUUUCCGAAUUCAGUGCCCAAAACAUUAACGGGGAGCAUCUCCUUCAGCUGGAUGGGAGUAAGCUCAAGGCUCUUGGUAUGACAUCUUCCCAGGACAGAGCAAUCAUUAAAAAAAAGCUGAAGGAAAUGAAAGCAUCCUUGGAGAAAGCUCGCAAAGCUCAAGAGAAAAUGGAAAAGCAAAGGGAAAAGCUUCGGAAGAAGGAACAAGAGCAACUGCAGAGGAAAUCAAAGAAAACAGACAAGUCCUCAUCAGAUGCAACAGAGGGCACUAAUGAGCAGUGAUAAGCAGAAGUGCUGCUGUGUUAGGAAAGUGGAGGCACUUCAAGGGAAGCGAAACUCAUAUCCGCUCUGGUGCCCCUUCAGCUUUCUUGUAUUCAUUACACAAGAGUGUGUACCGAGAAAUGGGGCUAUACAUAGAAUG